CUGAUAUCCAGCAACGACUGCAAUCAUUAGAAGCAUCUUUUGCUUCCCAGGUUUCGGCUGACAUAUCUAUUUUUGGGUUUGAUCUUAGCAGCAGGGCAGAGCCAUGUACGCUUCAACAUACCUUGCGUUGAAGAGAGCGCAGGACGAGAGGGAUGCAGCACAAAAUUAUGCACGACAGGAUGCCGAAGCAGCCAAGGGGAGAGAGGAACUUCGGAAUGCCUAUUUAAAAGAAUUGAACGAGAAGGAUCCAAAUAACAUUUUUUACUCUAUCGACCACAUAAAGGGUGUGCUGAAGGCUUUUUACGAAGCAGACCGUAAUCUAGAUGGGCAUGUCACACUUGAUGAAUUGAUGAAUUUUUAUCGACCCACUGAUCAAGAAGCUUGUGAGAAUAUUUUGAAGUGCUUCAGAGAAGCGGAGGUUGACGGCAACAACAAACUUAGCCUUGGAGAGUUCUUUAUCCUCGGGUUCAUUGGAGCUGAACGCAAAGAGGGAUAUGGAAAAGCUCGCAAAAUAUAAUAGCUGAGAGGUUACUAUAGUGCAGCAGCUAGAAUACUUGGACGAGCGUCCCAUGGAUGCGUAACUGCUUGUUGAAUGAGUUGUUAAUGAGUUGUUAAUGAUAUGCGGGGAUUGUCUGUGUAUGCGGCAAGAAUGCAAUCAAGAUCAAUACUCGCGUCCGGCCUACCAUUGGAGCAAGUACAGUACUUCUAAAGGAUGAUCUUCCACCCAGGAUGCCAUUCGUCUCCAUCCUUUCUCCUCAGCGUAUUGCCAGGAAUG